AUGUCCCGCAUCGACAUGCCACUAGUUUCCAACGAACGAACCCCCACAGCGUUCACCGGACCGCAAACGCCCCAAGGUUUAUCUAGUACAAACAUCGCCCCCCGCAAGCACGGUGGAAUCCAAUUGCUCCGUCGGACCCUGAUGCAGGGUGCUGCUGUCGCAGUCAUUGACUUCGGUAGCGCGAUCCAGGCUGGCCUUGAAUGCAACGCUGCCGAUCUGCACUACUUAGACUGGACGGACGAGGACUCCCGCAACGCGGUAUCUGGUGCACGGCAUGGUUCCGACUUUGGCACAGUCGCUUGA